GAAGCGCUCUUCCUGUAGCAGAAGUGAGCGGGUCUGGGAAACUUAAGUAUAUUUUUGUAUUUAAAUCUAAAGACUGAAUAUCUGUAAUUACAUUAAUAAGCUCGGGGAUUGAUCUGAAACGAUGAUGUUCAUGAAGUUUAUGUUACUGCUCUUAACAGCAGCUGUGCAUGAAGUUCAGAGUCAAGUUGUGUUUACAGACACAUCAGCCAUUUUGUAUUGUCCUGAAACAGGAGAAGUGGUGAAAUGGAAAGUCAAGGAUCAAUCAGAACUACAACAACAAACAGAACUCACGGUUGAAGCUAAAGAUGGAUCAGUCUCAGGAACCUUCACCUGCGAUGCUGAUGGAAAAAAACAUCAAUUCUAUAUUAAGUCAAAAGUGUGUAAGAACUGCUAUGAGCUGAACGCCGGGCUGGCGUCUGGUGUUAUUAUUGGGGAUUUACUGUUAACUGGAGGAGUCAUACUUUUAGUUUACUUGUGUACCCAGAGAAAGAGCGACAACACAAAGCAGAGAGAUGCUCCAAGACCCCCAAACCCUGACUAUGCGCCGCUGAACCCCAAGACCCAAACUCGAGAUUUGUACGCAGGAAUCCGUUAGAUGUUUCUCACCGAAUCAGACGUCUGUAUUCUGAAUAACUCACCUUUUUCUGCUUUUACUGUUAGUAUUUGACUCUGUAAUCUCUUUUGUAAAGUUUCUCUAAUAAACAUUUAUAGUGCUUUUAAAUAACAUCAUAAUGAAAUCAUUUUUGUGUGAAUCAGAGAUGUGUUUUAAAAUAAAUGUGUGUAUGCAUGGAAAGUUUUGCUCAUAAAGCAUGAAAAAGACACUUCAAUAACUUCAAAUGGAAAUACCUGAGAAAGUGGAAACAUUAUGGUUUACUGUAAAUACUACACACACGUCUGACUUAUCUUUCACAAAUCUACACUCAUGUCAUAGUUUUAUUUUCUAUUUUUUAAAUGUAAGAUUCAUGAAAUGUUUUCAUUUUGUUCUGUCACAUGAUGUGUGCAUGUUUUUCAUGAAUGAUGAAGUUUUGUGUUGACUGAUAAUCAGAUUAUAUAAAUCAUUUCAAUAAACUUCUAGCAUCUCGAAACAUG